AACCAAAUGAAAAAUGAUAGGAAGGAAGAAGCUUCCCUUUCUUUAUUCAAACUUGAAGUGAUCUCUUUUUGAGUCACACUCAUCCAGCCGCUUCUAUCUAUAAAAACAAAUACUCUCUAUUUUAUCUAUUCUCACCCUUAAAAACCGUGGAUUUUCCACAUGUCUCUCUCACUCUCUCAACCAUUCUUUUAUUUCUCUCUCUCUUUCUUUCUUUCCAGAUUGGUCCCUCUACGUUUCAACGAAUCACGACUCUGCUGGAGCUAGCCUUGUGCAAGCAAACCUUACCGUUCUACUCACUCAGACUCAGACUGGUGGUCGAUAAAAAUUUAUAAUUUUCCGGCGGAAAACGCCGGGAAAACUUUGUUUCAAACAUGUUUGUGAGAGUCUGAGAGAGACCAACAUAGAAUUCGAAAAAGUUUCUUUCUAUACGUAAAACUAAAAAUUUAGUAGUAUCCGAGAGACGCCAAAGGACAAGCAGGGGGAGAGAGAGAGCUUUUUUUUUUUUUUUUUUGGGAAGUAAUACGGGAAUAGUAAAAAAAAAAGUUAAAUUAUUUCUUUUUUCUGUUACUAAGAAUUUUAGAUUUAGAUCGGAAAUGGCGUUGGCUUUAGCUGGCGACGAUCUAGCCAGAUCGACGAGUAGCAGAAGGAGUUGGGCAUCGGCGAGUUUCAGGGAGGUUUGGACGGCACCUCCGGAUGUGUUCAACCGGAGCGGAAGGGAAGAUGAAGAGGAGGAGCUCCGAUGGGCGGCCAUCGAGAGGCUUCCGACGUAUGAUCGUUUGAGGAAAGGGGUGCUGAACAAGGUGCUUGAUAAUGGCAAAGUUGUUCGUGAUGAGGUCGAUGUCACAAAACUUGGGAUGCAGGACAGGAAGCAACUCAUGGAGAGCAUACUCAAGGUUGUUGAAGAUGAUAACGAGAAGUUUCUUCGCAGACUCAGAGACAGAACUGAUAGAGUGGGAAUUGAGAUUCCGAAAAUUGAAGUUCGAUACGAGCACUUGUCGGUUGAAGGAGACGUUUAUGUUGGGAGCAGAGCUCUUCCUACUCUCCUGAAUGCUACCUUGAACACCAUAGAGAGCAUUCUGGGAUUAAUUAAACUUGCUCCAACAAAGAAAAGAAAAAUCCAGAUACUAAAAGAUGUCAGCGGAAUUGUCAGACCCUCUAGGAUGACACUGCUUCUGGGUCCUCCAGGCGCAGGGAAAACAUCCCUAUUGCUGGCACUUGCAGGGAAACUCGACGAUGAUGUAAAGGUCACUGGUAAAGUCACCUAUUGUGGUCAUGAAAUGAAUGAAUUUGUUCCUCAAAGAACCUGCGCUUAUAUCAGUCAGCAUGAUCUUCACUACGGAGAGAUGACAGUGAGAGAGACAUUGGAUUUCUCAGGACGUUGUUUGGGUGUCGGAACAAGAUAUGAAAUGUUGGCUGAACUUUCAAGAAGAGAGAAAGAAGCAGGAAUUAAACCAGAUCCUGAGAUUGAUGCAUUCAUGAAGGCUACAGCACAGUCAGGCCAGAAAACUAGUUUGGUCACUGAUUACGUACUUAAGAUACUUGGAUUGGACAUUUGUGCCGACAUUAUGGUUGGUAACGAGAUGAGAAGGGGUAUUUCUGGUGGACAGAAAAAGCGUGUAACUACUGGUGAGAUGUUGGUUGGACCAGCAAAAGUUCUUUUGAUGGACGAAAUUUCAACGGGAUUGGACAGUUCCACAACUUUCCAGAUUUGCAGAUACAUGAGGCAGAUGGUUCACAUUUCAGAUGUAACAAUGGCCGUCUCACUUCUACAGCCAGCACCAGAGACAUAUGAUCUUUUCGACGAUAUUAUCUUACUUUCAGAAGGUCAGAUUGUGUACCAAGGUCCGCGUGAGAAUGUCCUGGAGUUCUUUGAGUUCAUGGGUUUCAAAUGCCCAGAAAGGAAAGGAGUUGCUGACUUUCUUCAAGAAGUAACGUCCAAGAAGGACCAAGAACAGUAUUGGUACAAUAAGAACCAACCUUACAGCUUUGUUUCAGUUCCUGACUUUGUGCACGGUUUCCAGUCUUUCCAUAUUGGCCAACAGCUUGCUGCUGAUCUUAGCGUUCCUUACGACAAAACCAGAACCCACCCAGCUGCAUUAGUCAAACAGAAGUAUGGUAUUUCUAAUAUGGAACUGUUCAAAGCAUGCUUUUCAAGGGAGUGGCUGCUAAUGAAGAGAAAUGGUUUUGUAUAUAUAUUCAAGACCACCCAGAUAACAAUCAUGUCAUUAAUUGCGAUGACAGUGUUCUUCAGGACUGAAAUGCCAGUAACUGUGGUAGGCGGAGGGAAAUUUUUUGGAGCACUAUUUUUCAGUCUGAUCAAUGUGAUGUUUAAUGGUAUGGCAGAACUGGGAAUGACAGUUUUCCGGCUUCCAGUCUUCUUUAAACAGAGGGAUCACUUGUUUUAUCCUGCAUGGGCUUUUGGCCUUCCUAUUUGGGUCCUGAGAAUCCCUUUAUCCUUCAUGGAGUCGGCCAUAUGGAUUGUUCUUACCUACUACACAAUUGGAUUUGCUCCAGCUCCUAGCAGAUUUUUCAGGCAGUUCUUGGCAUUCUUCGCUGUACAUCAAAUGGCUCUGUCCCUCUUUCGAUUUAUUGCUGCACUUGGAAGAACACAAAUUGUUGCAAAUACGCUGGGUACCUUUACCUUGCUACUGGUCUUUGUGCUAGGAGGAUUCAUUGUCGCCAAAGAUGACAUUGAACCAUUUAUGAUAUGGGGCUACUAUGCUUCUCCUAUGAUGUAUGGACAGAAUGCAAUUGUCAUGAAUGAAUUCCUUGAUGAUAGAUGGAGCAUGAAAAAUAAUGAUACCAGAAUCAACCAACCUACAGUUGGGAAGGUCCUCCUCAGUUCGAGAGGCUUCUUUCUUGAAGACUAUUGGUUUUGGAUUUGCGUUGGAGCACUAUUUGGGUUUUCUAUUCUCUUCAACAUCUUGUUUAUUGGAGCAUUGACAUUUCUGAAUCCUAUCGGAGAUUCGAAAGCUGUCAUUGCAGAUGAAGGAAGUAAGAAGAAGAAGAAGAAGAAGUCAUCAUCUAGUCCACAGAGAUUUGAAGGAAUUGAUAUGGCUGUGAGGUCAGGUUCCUCAGAAAUUGUUGGUUCUUCAAAACCUGCAGUAAGUAAAGGAAUGGUCUUGCCUUUUCAACCCCUGUCACUUGCCUUCAACCAUGUGAACUACUAUGUGGAUAUGCCUGCUGAAAUGAAGAGUCAAGGAGUGGAAGAAGAUCGUCUUCAACUUCUACGAGAUGUCAGUGGUGCCUUCAGACCAGGGAUAUUGACAGCCCUUGUGGGUGUCAGUGGUGCAGGGAAGACAACCCUUAUGGAUGUGUUGGCAGGGAGGAAGACUGGUGGCUACAUUGAAGGAAGCAUCAGCAUCUCUGGUUAUCCAAAGAACCAAGCAACUUUUGCUCGUAUUAGUGGUUAUUGUGAACAGAACGACAUUCACUCCCCAAAUGUCACGGUCUAUGAAUCUCUGCUGUAUUCAGCAUGGCUUCGUCUUUCAAAGGAUGUAAAUACCAAGACGCGAAAGAUGUUCGUAGAAGAAGUCAUGGAAUUGGUCGAGUUAAAUCCGAUAAGAGAUGCGCUAGUAGGUCUUCCAGGAAUAGAUGGACUUUCAACAGAACGGAGGAAGAGACUGACCAUAGCUGUUGAGCUGGUUGCUAACCCCUCUAUCAUCUUCAUGGACGAACCAACAUCUGGUCUUGAUGCCAGAGCUGCUGCUAUUGUCAUGCGUACUGUCAGAAAUACAGUGGAUACAGGAAGAACUGUGGUGUGCACAAUUCACCAGCCAAGCAUUGAUAUUUUUGAAGCUUUUGAUGAGUUACUGCUAAUGAAACGUGGAGGACAAGUCAUUUAUGCUGGUCCUCUUGGUCGCCAUUCGCACAAGCUGAUUGAAUACUAUGAAGCUGUUCCAGGGGUCCCCAAGAUAAAGGAUGGUUAUAAUCCUGCCACCUGGAUGCUUGAGGUCACUGCUCCUGCAGUUGAGGCUCAACUCAAUGUGGAUUUUGCUGAAAUUUAUGCCAACUCCCCACUUUACCAGAGGAAUCAAGAGCUCAUAAAAGAGCUCAGUACUCCAGCACCAGGCUCCAAGGACCUCUUCUUCCCUACCAAAUACUCCCAAACAUUUUCUGUUCAGUGCAAAGCUUGUUUCUGGAAACAUUUCCAGUCUUACUGGAGAAAUCCUCAAUACAAUGCUAUCCGGUUCUUAAUGACUGCCGUUAUUGGUGUUUUAUUUGGUCUAAUCUUCUGGAACAAGGGACAAAAAAUACAGAUGCAACAAGAUCUAAUGAAUCUAUUAGGAGCCAUGUAUUCUGCUGUGCUUUUCCUUGGUGCCACCAAUGCUUCUUCUGUGCAGCCUGUUGUUGCUAUCGAAAGAACAGUUUUCUACCGUGAAAGAGCUGCUGGAAUGUAUUCUGCACUGCCUUAUGCAUUUGCUCAGGUUACUGUUGAAGUUAUAUAUACAGCAAUCCAAACUGUAAUCUACUCUGCUCUCCUCUACUCAAUGAUCGGGUUUGAGUGGAAAUUAGAGAAAGUCCUCUAUUUUUACUACUUCAUUCUCAUGUGCUUCAUCUACUUCACCUUGUAUGGAAUGAUGGUUGUUGCAUUGACUCCUGGUCACCAAAUUGCUGCCAUUUGCAUGUCCUUCUUCCUCAGUUUCUGGAACUUGUUCUCUGGUUUUCUCAUUCCUAGGCCGCAAAUUCCAAUCUGGUGGAGGUGGUACUACUGGCUUUCUCCAGUGGCAUGGACUGUAUAUGGGCUUAUCACAUCUCAAGUGGGUGACAAAGAUCAAGAUCUUAUAAUUCCUGGUAUUGAUAACAUUACAUUGAAGUUUUUCCUCAAGGAAGAUUUGGGUUUUGAGUAUGACUUUGUUCCGGUUGUUGCGGCUGUUCAUGUUGCCUGGGUUGUCCUCUUCGUCUUUGUAUUUGCCUAUGGAAUUAAGUUCCUCAACUUCCAGAGGAGAUAACCGGCUAGUAUUAGAAUUUAAUAGGAAAACCAUGUGUAAGUAAAUCAAAGAAUGGGAAAACAAAAUAGUUUACCCUCAUUUUUUAUUUUUGGUUUUGUUUUCAACUGUAUAAUUAUUCUUUUGUCCUGCUUUUAUGUUUCCAUUAAAAAAAAGAAAAAAAGUUGUAAUUUAGCAGUCUAAUUGGGACACGAACAAACUGUAAUGAAGGGCUUGUACCAAAACAAACUGUCACGUGUUUUAAUUGCUUCAGUUGUAUUCCUUCUGUUUGUUGUGAAUUGUGAUCCACGAUUAUGUAUUUUCUUCUGAGUUUCAAUGCGCAUCUUUCUUGGUGUUUUUCAA